CUAACACAGCUGGGCAAACCACUUAGUGGCAGAGGCAGCAAUGCCAUCCAGUGGCCGCGAAAACUUAGGCUGGAAGAUUGGCAACAAGGAUAUCGGUGCCUCCUUCACGAAACACAGAGAGCGGACGGAUGUGGUUCCAGAUAUAGCUGGCAGACCCCGAGUGUAUUUGGACAUCGCCAUCGAUGCCAUGCCGGUUGGGCGCAUUGUGUGCGAGCUCUUCAACGAUGUUGUGCCCAAAACCGCUGAGAACUUUCGGUUGCUGUGCACCGGCGCUAGGGGUGUGGGAAAGCGAGGGAAGCCGUUACACUACAAAGGUGUGAAAUUCCAUCGGAUUGUGCCGAACUUUGUCAUCCAAGCGGGCGACUUCACCCAUGGUGAUGGUACAGGUGGAGAAUCUGUCUAUGGACCAACCUUUCCAGAUGAGAAUUUGAACCUGAAGCACACUGCCCCUGGGCUACUCAGCAUGGCCAACAGUGGUAAGGACACGAACUCAUCCCAGUUCUUCGUUUGUAUGAAGGCGUGCCCCCAUUUGGAUGGCAAGCACUGCGUCUUCGGCCGCGUCAUCGAUGGCAUGGACGUUGCGAGGCGUGUGGAGAGCUGUGGCGGUUCCGAGCCUGGUGGGACCGCGAUGAUCGAUGACUGUGGAGAGAUCAAAGGUUCAGGGGCUGCUGCCAUCAGCGAGGACUUGGCCGGCCCCGGUUUGGGCGAUCGCCCGGCCAAGCGGCGCAAGGCCGAGGUGGCCGAGGUGCAGUUGCUGCAGAUCAUCAAGAAACACUCCGGGAGUAAAGAUCCCAGAGAUGCCACUGGCAAAGAGGUGAAGGCAAGCAAAGGUCGAGCGAAGUUGGCUUUGGCCAACAUUCGCAAGAAGCUGGUGAUGAACCCGGAUCUCCCGUCGCAGCAGCGCAGCUUCGCGGCCUUUGCGCGGGAGACCAGCGAUGACCCCUGCGCUGGCACCACAGCGGGGGACCUGGGGAAGGUGGCGCUGGGGGCCUUGGAGGCUCAGCUGGAGGAGGUGGGCUUCUCUCUGGCCGUGGGUGAAAUUUCUGAACCCUUCGAGACGCCUGAGGGGUUUCAUUUGCUUCUGCGAGUCAGCUAGGCUUAGGGAGGCAAUCCAGCGUGCCCAGCUUCGACUGAUGGGUUAUGCUUGGAAUUGU